AACCCUUACAAUUCACCUUAUCCCUACCCUCCAUUCGUCCCUCACACACCCAUCUAUGAAGAGCAACCAUCGGCUUUACGCGGUGGAACACUACUUCAUAAGGGCUUCUAUGACCUCCUGUCCCUCAUUCCUUCAACCCCGUCUCCGUCGAGAUUAUUUUGGCGCGACGAUUCCGAGCCAAUUGCUGGGCCAAGAUACGAGGAGCUGACGUCGACGCUCGACGCUCCAAUUGCUACAUCUACUCAGACAGCUGCUUCUCUUAUGCCAGUGUCACCGAACAGGAAUCUACGGGGCCGCAGAAUCAGCAAGGACAUGGUUUCCAAGCCUACCGGCUUCGUUCACUUGGUUCACGCUUCUGAUGCCGACCAGGCUGAGGCCCUACUUACGAGGUGGGGUCCCGAGGGUCAAGGCAAAUUAGGAGAUCCCCGUUGGGCUGACCCCAUAAAGGAUCGCAUUCGACAGAUGAAUCAGGCUAAAGCUAUCAACGAGGUGGUGAACGCACUGAAACCUUCUAUCAGCCAGUCAUACCGGAUCGACGCAGGUCAAUUGGGUCCUCUUCACGUUGUCAACGGGAUGAGCGCUACAACAUCAUCUACAAUUACCACCGCUGCACGCGAGAAUGUCUCCUUAUCUCCGGUGACGCCGACCGGUCUGCCUGCAUCCAGUACACCUAACUUCGUCAACGGACAAACUGGGAACACGCUGCGAUGGACUACUGGCCUGGCUGCGCAUCCGGAACAUGAACACGAAGAUAUGGAGGGUCUCGACCCGGACAAGGAACUACUAGCUUUGCCUCCGCCCCGUCCCAGGAAGCCGAUUACCCCGUCCCUGGCGACGUUGGAGAAAGCGGUAUCGGCGAAGAUCUAUUUCGAGAACCUUUAUUUUCCCUUGCUGCGGCAUCCACCGUCCCGUGAACAGAGAAGGCUUGCGAUGGAGAAGGAUAUGAUGAACCUACAAUUGAGUGAGGCCCAGAAGGAAUACCUCCGGGGCCGAUGGCGUCAGAACGAGACAGACUAUCUCCGGGACCGCAGGCGAAAGGUAGACGUUAGCGCAUUUGUCAAAUUAAAGACAAUUGGACACGGUGCUUUCGGGGUAGUUUCGCUCGUUCGCGAGCGGUCAACGGACCAGCUUUUUGCCAUGAAGCAGCUCAGGAAGACAGACAUGCUGCGCAAAGGCCAAGAGGGGCACGUCCGCGCUGAACGGGACAUCUUGAAGUCGGCUUCUCUCGUCAGCACACCGACGUCGGCCGAGUGGAUCGUGCGAUUAUACUAUAGCUUUCAAGAUCGUGAUCACCUCUAUCUGGUCCUCGAGUACAUGGGAGGGGGCGACCUUCUCAACCUCCUGAUAGAACGGGACGUUUUCGAAGAAGACUUCACAAGGUUCUAUGUCGCUGAGAUGGUAUUGGCGAUUGAGUCAUGCCACAAACAUGGUUUUAUUCACCGGGACAUCAAGCCAGAUAACUUCCUGUUCGACCCUGAAGGUCACAUCAAACUGAGUGACUUUGGUCUCGCCACGGAUCUCCACUGGGCGCAUGACACGUCCUACUACGAACAGCAGCGCCUGCACCUUUUGCACAAGCAUGGCAUCGACCUUGAGGACAACCACGGCGCCGGCCUGCAGGACGGCGUGCGGACCAAGCGCCUGGAUCGCAAGGAGGUAGAAAGGCUGAUGGGAGGCGGCGACGGUCAAGGCGGUAUUUUCACUUGGCGCGAGCGGAACCGCAGGAAGCUUGCAUACUCGGUCUGUGGGACUAACUCGUACAUGUCCCCCGAAGUAAUACGAGGACAUGGCUACACGUAUUCUUGCGACUGGUGGAGCCUUGGCGUCAUCAUGUUUGAAUGCCUGUAUGGGUUCCCUCCCUUCGUCAGUAACUCGAGACAUGUUACCCGCCAGAAAAUUCUCAACUGGCGACAGUCGUUACGAUUCCCGUCUCGCCCUCGUGUUUCGCACGAAGGAGUAAAUCUCAUGGAGUUGUUGCUUUGCGAACCCGAGGACCGCCUUGGUUCCCAAGCAUCGUCAUCUGUCAGCAGGCCGAACUCGAUGAUCGUGCAAGCCAGGCGAAGCGGUUUCAUCACCACGACUGGUGUAUCGGGCAGCGUCGACGGCGCCCACCUGAUAAAGGCUCAUCCGUGGUUCCGUGGCAUUGAUUGGGAUAAUAUUCACAGGUACCCGGCUCCCUACCGACCUGAGCUGCGCAACCCCGCAGAUACACGUCAUUUCGACGACGACAUACCGCCCGAGCCUCUCGCGCCUGCCAAUGGCGCCGCUGCGGACGCCACUCGCGAUCCGCUCCUGCGCGAUAAGGUACACGGUCAAGAAAUUCUUGAAGUGCGCAAGGCGCUGGCGUUCGCGGGUUUCACCCACAAGAGCCCGCGGGUCAUCAGCUACGUCCGGGCCGACAAGGCCUUUGACCCCGAGCCGGAUACGUACGGUAAAGGUGAAGAAGAAAGAGGCCGCUCCACUAUUCGCCAGUCGCAAGAGAUUGGCAGAGGAAGAGCCAUCUCAAUGUGAAUCGGAUCACCCCUAUGCUGCAUCUUUGAAUGAUACCUCACCUGCUCAACGUUGUGUAUUCGACCGUCUUAGGUCGUCGACAUCAAUCUGCUGCGAUGUAUGUACGUAUCUGUUACAAAUAUACCGCUCUUGUUUUAACGAGUAUAC